UCGGCCCCCCUCUCACUCCGACUUCUUCGAUGCGUUUUGGACCUCCGGGUGUUUUCAGCACGCUGGGCCUCUGGGCGCCUGGCUUUGCCCGACGCUCGCUCGCACGACGCACGUUUGCUCGGUGCGCGCGGGGGCCGGUCAAUCCUUAGUGAAUGCUCUGUUGCCGAUGCGCCGUCCGGGCGCCUGGCUUCUCUGUCUGUCUGUCUGGGUGUUUUCAGCACGCCGGGCCUCUGGGCGCACCGCCGAAGGCGGAGGCACUGCUGCGGCGCCUGCCUCGCGGGGCGGCCGGGGCGCCCGCGGGCGCCGGCGGCGGGCCCUUUGCGGGGGGCACCCGCGCGCUGCUGCAGCUCGCGCCCGCCGAGUCCCUGUACCGCGGCGAUCGAGGACCGCAUCGCGGGGUGCGCGGGGCUGGCGCCGCGGCUCCUCGGGGGGCUCCGGGUGGUCCGUGCUGGCAGCCAGCUCGGACUGUGCAACCGCGGCUGCGGUCCAAAGUCUGGCUACGUCUGCCUCGGGGACCGCGACGAGGUGUUCUUCGUGAGGCUUGGGGUCCGCCUGGUGCUACGCAGGGGCGACGCGGUGCUGUGGUCGAACGUGGACUGGGAGACGGGCUCGGCGGUGGAGGACGUGCGCACGUUGCGCGUGCACGUCCUGGGCGAGGGCGGCCCCGCCGUGGGGCUGGACGUGUUCUUCCACGACAGCGCCGUGCGCGAGCAGCAGGCGCAGCGCGCGUUCGCGCCGGACCUCGCGGCCGCCACGCCGCAGGAGGAUCGGGCCGUGGCCGGCGCGCUGGGCGACGGGGUGUGCAGCGCGGGGGCUCGAAAAGGCCCUGCCCUCGCCAUUCCGUGAGGCCCAGGCGUUGCAAUCUUUUCGCAGGUGGCAUGCUCGCCCGGUGUGGGGCCCCAGCACGACAGGUGCCGCAGAAGGACGGGGGCCCAGGGCUCCAGUCGUGGUUUCUCGCGAUGCUGCACUUCUUCUUCAGCCACGCGCAGAGGGGGGUAGGGGGAGGAGGGAAGGCUUCCCAGAAGCACCCCUGGAUUUUUGGAAAUCGCUG